ACGAUAUUUUGGUUGAGGCAUUUGCUCGUGUAACCUCACUAAAGAAGGAGCCAUUCGCUCCGUCGCUCGCCCCCACCGCCGCCCUGCCCCCAUGUGCCCCCUCUUUUAAAGACAGCAGCCAGCGUCUCAGCUAAAUCCUUUCUCCCACAUUCAGCUCGUCCCAUUUCAAGCACACCGGCGCGCGCACACAAACACAUCUGCGAGUUCUCUCUGAUUCGUGUGAGCAGCAGCAGCUGCUCCGGGGGACGAUGGUGCGGCGGAGAGCUGCGUGGGCCGCGCUGCUGGUCGCGCUGGCCGCCUGCGCGGCGCUGCCGGCGACGACGACGGCCAACAAGAUCUCCAUCAACUGGGCGCCCAACACCAACUACACCGUCUGGGAGCAGACCCACGGGCCCUUCUACAAGGGCGACUGGCUCGUGUUCUACUACACGACGGGGCAGGCGGACGUGGUGGAGGUGAACGAGUCCGGGUACAACCGGUGCGACGCCAGCAACGCCAUCUACAACUACAGCAAGGGCCGAAGCUUCGCCUUCGAGCUCAACCAGACCAAGACCUACUACUUCAUCUGCAGCUUCGGGUACUGCCCGGGCGGGAUGCGCCUCGCCAUCAAGUCCCAGAAGCUGCCGCCGCCGUCGCCGCCGCCCUCCGCCCACGACAGGUCCGCCGCGCUCGCCAGGUCGCACGCCGGGCUCGUCCUCUACGCCGCCGCCGCCGUCCUCGCCGCGCUCCUCAGGAUGCUCUAGGCACUCUCCUGGAGCCCGGUUCCGUCCAGUUCGUUUGUUAGAUUUGGUUGUGGAGUUCCCUUUUUUCAUUUUCUUUGCUUGUUUCUACUCCAGUGUUGUGUUGUGCCUAGGCUACGUAGAGCAGUAGUUUUAGUUUUACCACGUUCUUUGGUCGCGGUUUCAUUAGCGGUGUGGAUUUGCUGAACCAAAUGGUUAAGCACCCAUUAAUUAUUUUGUCAAGUGUGAAGAAAGAAUGCGCCUUGAAUCGUAAGAAAAAACACUUCCCUUUCACA